AUGGCCGCCGGCGGAAAUGGCGUCGUCCACAUCCUAAUCGUCCCUUACCCCGCCCAAGGCCAUAUGCUCCCACUCCUCGACCUCGCCCACCACCUCGCCGCCCGCGGCCUCUCCAUCACCCUCCUAGUCACCACCGGCAACCUCCCAAUCCUCGCCCCAAUCCUCGCCGCCCACCCCUCUUCCGUCCACACCCUAACCCUCCCCUUCCCCUCCCAUCCCUCAAUUCCCGCCGGCGUCGAGCACAUCAAAGAUCUCGGCAAUCAAGGAAACCUCCCUAUGAUCGCCGCCCUCAGCGCCCUCCAGGACCCCAUCGCCCGCUGGUUCGCCACCCACCCUAACCCCCCCGCCGCCAUCCUCUCCGAUUUCUUCCUCGGCUGGACCCACCACCUCGCCGCCCGCCUAGCCGUCCCCCGGAUCGUGUUCUUCAGCUCCGGCGCUUUCGCGGUGGAUCUCCUCAACCACCUCUGGGUGAACUCAGAGAGCGUCGAGACAGGGGCAGAAUUGGAAUUUCUCGAUUUCCCUGGGUCUCCGAGCUUCCCCUGGGAACACAUUCCUUCCGUGUUCCGGCGAUACAAGGAAUCCGGGCCUUCUGCUGCCGGUGCCAAAUUCGACCUGCACAGAACCUCGAUGAUCGAUAAUUUCUCAGCCUGGGCCGCCGUCACCAACUCAUUCCAGGCCCUGGAAGGCCCAUUCCUGGCCCAUAUGAAAAGGGCGAUGUCCAGCCCACGAUUCUACACUGUAGGCCCGUUGAACAUGGCAUCCGGGCCGGGCCAAGACUCGCUCGACCCUCAUAAUCACUCAGUAAUCUCAUGGCUCGACGAGUGCAACAUUGACGGGUCGGUGCUGUUCGUCUGUUUCGGGAGCCAGAAGGUGCUCAACAAGGCCCAAAUGGAGGCGCUGGCCGACGGGCUCGACAGGAGCAGGGCCCGCUUCAUCUGGGCCGCAAACGGGCCCAUCCCAGACGGGUUUGACAGUCGGGUCUCGGGGCGAGGCCUCGUCUUGAGAGGGUGGGCCCCACAGAGGGCGAUACUGGGCCACCGGGCGGUGGGCUGGUUUCUUAGCCACUGUGGGUGGAACUCUUUGCUGGAGGCAGUGGUAGCUGGGCCGGUGAUACUGGGCUGGCCCAUGGAGGCGGACCAGUUCGUGAACGCCAAGCUGUUGGUGGAUUAUGUGGGGGCUGCGUUUAGGGUUUGUGAGGGAGGGGACGCAGUGCCCAACCCAGAUGAGCUGGCCCGAAAGAUAGUCGAGUCGAUGCGUGUGGGCUCGAAGGAAAAGGCUAGGGCUAAGGAGUUGAGGGAUAGUGCAUUAGAAGCAAUUGGGAUUGGAGGGAGUUCUAAUAGGGAUUUGGAUGGGCUUGUGCAAGAGCUAGGUAAACUUAGGGUGGUAAAAAAUGCUUGA